UCAUGCUGCUGCCAGGUCCAGAGUGUGUCAUGGGUCCCUGUACGGCCUCCCCUUGCUGCUGUCUCCAUCGCCACACUCUGCCAUGUGCCACUUUCAGGUCUCCUCACACUGCUGGUGGGUUCCAUUUUGUCAUAGGGUGCUGGCAGAUUACGGGCCUCCCAUUGCUGCUGCCAGGCCCGUAAUCUGCCAUGGGCCCCCGUACCGACUCCUCAUGCUGCUGCCAGGUCCAGAGUGUCUCAUGGGUCCCUGUACGGCCUCCCAUUGCUGCUGUCUCCAUCGCCACACUCUGCCAUGUGCCACUUUCAGGUCUCCUCACACUGCUGGUGGGUUCCAUUUUGUC